AUGAUUUAUGAUGUACUUGAUGAUAAUUUAAUUUUAGAUGAUUUUAACAAAGAUGAAGAGGAACUUGAAAGGUUAAUUACUCUACUUCCAGAAGUUGAUAUUAUAUUAAAUGCAAAUAAGAAAAAGGAAGAGGAACUCAUGGAAGAUGAAAUUGAAAUUACACCUAUAUUAGAAAAAGUUAGUUUAGUAGAAACAAAAAAAGCUAUAUAUAAAAUUAUAAGAUUUUUAUACGAGCAGGAGGUAGAAUUUGGUGAAUUUUAA